UUGGACAACUUGUUGUCCAAGUACGGAGUGGUAGCAGCGGACUUGCACACCAUGAUCAGCUGGGAUGAUAUGAAGGCGGCAUGGCACAAGUGGUUCCAGGUGGAGCCGCCAGAGAUCAAAGCCAUGGACAAGCUCAUGGUCUUCGAGCAAGGCACGCUGCCGAGUACGGACUGGAUCGCCGAGUACCAACGCUUGACGUCAGUCCCAGACAUCAAGAUGGGCUUCAAGGCCAUCCGCCACUACUUCAUCUCAAGAUCAUGUCCGACAUUGAGCAAUGCCCUGGCGCAUGUCGAGGACACCUUGACGACGACGGCGAAGUUAUUUGACAAGGCUGCGCAGAUCAUCGUCACGAACAAGGAGGCCAAGAACCUCCGUUCAUCUGCGUCAGGCCCGAGCGGGAACCAGCAUUGGCCACGAGUGGCCGUGGUCGCAGCGGCAGCGCCGUUAGACCAAUCCAGCGAGGUUGCGUCUGCCAGUGAAGGGGACAGAUUCGCAGCCGCCCGGGAAGCACUAUGCGCUCAUCUCCACACUUACCUUUCCUUCUAUGCACUACCAACUUCGCCGACGGAGGACGAAGUCGCGGUGGGGGACAUCCUGGCAUACGCUACCAAGGUGGCCCGCGAGUUUCGCACGCAGCGGUACGAUAACAACAAUGCACCGCUCAUGUAUGUCCGCAUCCAGGUUGGGCAAGCGUCCUGCAGCGCUUUGCUGGAUAGCGGCGUGACUCGCAACUUCAUGAGCCAGUCUUUUAUGCAAAGAGUUGGCCUUGGCGCACAAGUUCGGAGAAAGGCAAACCCGAAGUUGGCGGAUGGAAAAACGCAACAACUACUCGACCGUUACAUCGAGGCCCUACCGAUCUACUUCGCACCUCAUGCAUGCGAACCGGUGACGUUUGAUAUUCUCGACACGGACUUCGACAUCAUUCUGGGAAUGCCUUGGCUUGCAAGUGCGGAUCACACGGUCAACUUCCAUCGGCGGACUCUUAGCGUUCGCGAUGCCUUCGGCGCGGAAGUGGCGUGUACGAUUCCUCUACCGCACUCUUCGAUCCGGUGCCAAGUGGUGACGACCAAAUCAUUCCGGGCGACUUGUGCUUACGAGCAGCCCGAGGAGAUCGACAUAUGUUUUCUACGGACUGUCGCGGUAGCCGACUCUUCACCCACAGACUUGUCUUCGGACCCCCGUGUGGUACGGUUGCUGGACGAGUUCGCCGACAUCUUUGAGUCACCUACCGGUGUGGUGCCGGGUCGGCCGAUCUCUCACGAGAUCAUUCUUGAGGCUGGUGCCGUGCCGUCGAAAGGUUGCAUCUAUCGGAUGAGCGAGGAGGAGCUUGAGUACUUCAGCAAGAAAGUGUCACUCGUGCAUUCCAUUGACGAUGCACGCAAGAAGGAGCUCCUCGCCUUCGUCCACGCGCUCAAGCGGUGGUGGCACUUCCUCCUUGGUCGAAGCCAAUUUCGCUGGGUAACGGACAACAAUCCGUUGGUCUUCUACAAGACCCAAGACACCGUCAACAGCACCAUCGCUCGAUGGAUGGCUUUCAUCGACCGGUUCGACUUCUUUCCCGAUCACAUCCCCGGGAAGUCGAACCGUUUUGCGGAUGCUCUUUCACGGCGUCCGGAUCAUUGUACCGCGGUCUACUCGACUUUGGAGAUUGAUGAUGACCUGCGGAACAGCUUCAUCCGCGGCUACCAAGCUGACCCCGAGUUUCGCGACAAGUACGCGAAUUGCUCCUCUCCUAAUCCGUCUCCUUCUCACUACCGGAUCCAAGAGGGGUACUUGCUUGUCCACACGCGGGGGAGGACCUUCUUUGCGUACCGAGUGAUCCUCACUUGCGUACACGGCUUCUKGGCGAGUUCCACGACGCUCCCGCCACUGGACAUUUUGGAGUCAAUCGCACGAUUGGCCGACUUCGCCAGCGAUUUUGGUGACCCGGCCUUCUCGGCGACGUCACGCGCUAUUGCGACGAUUGCCAUGGACAUCAUCGGCCCGUUCCAUAAGCACAAGACCGGAGUGGAUGGGAUUCUCACGGUGGUCGACCGACUCACCAAGUUCGCCAUGUUUUUGCCUUGUCGCUAUCAUGCCAAGGCACCAGAGUUGGCUGAGGUUUUGUACGCCGGUUGGAUUCGCACCAAGGGUUACCCCAAGGAGAUCGCCUGCGACCGCGACACUCGGUUCAUGUCCGAUUUUUGGUUGGCGCUCAUCAAGCGAUGGGGCUCAUCUCUCAAGCCCAGUUCARCUCGCCACCCUCAGACCGAUGGCCAGACGGAGAGGGCGCAUCAGACCGCACAGGUUCUCCUUCGCACUCUCAUCYGCCCCGACCAGAAAGAAUGGGUUGAGCGACUGCCGGAUGUCGAGUUGGCCUACAACUCUUCCAUCCACCCGGCUAUUGGGAUAUCACCCUUCGAGUUCGAGCACGGCUCGCCGGUCACGUCACCGUUGGACACGAUUACUCCACGCACGGCCGAGAGCGACGACCAUCUUCUUUUCUUGCGUCGGAUGCAAGAGCUUCUUGUCAAGGCACACGACCAGAUGGCUAAGACGCAACAGCGCAUGUGCCAACAGGCAAAUCGCCAGCGUCUUCCUUGUCCAUUCCGCGCCGGAGACCUUGUCUGGGUUUCAGCAGCGGAAUUCAGCCUUGAACAGGACAUCUCUCGCAAGCUCCUUCCGAAAUGGAUGGGGCCUUGGCCGAUCAGCGAGCCCGCUGGGGACGCACCUGAGGGGCCUUCCUUCACGAUUCAGGUGCCUAGUCACUUGCCCGUCUACCCAGUCCUUCAUUGUUCCAAAUUGGCUCUGUACACGCCUGCGGAACAUGAUGAUUUUCCCGGGAGACGUACGCAGGAUCCACCUUCUAUGGAUGGUUUUCAGGAGGUCGGCGACAUCAUCUCCCAGCGACGCUACGGCAACAAGCCAACUGAGUAUCUGGUGCAUUUUGCUUACUGCACUCAUCGAGCUGAUCGUUGGUUGACCCGUACGGAACUGCAAGCGACAGCUCCAGACGUUCUCGCACGCUACGAACGCAAGAUGCAAGGCAAGCCGGAUUUUUCGGCUCCACACCGCGCCUGCGUCCAGGUUCCACCUUCAGACCGACGGCUUCGCCCUCGCCCCGGCUUGGCUUCAUAAGGAGGGGGGGGUUUUACAUGCAGCGCACACAUACGGGCCAUUUUGCAGGCCCGACGGCCAUUUUGCAGG